ACGCGCCACAACGCGGGUCACACGUCUUCCAAUACUACCUAGGUAUCAUCGCAUGAGUGGGAUGUAGGCGAGGCUGCACGCGAUCAUCAAUCAAGAUUCACGCGCAUGUCUACAACAUGGCAGGCGAGAGGCUCGAGUGGUCUGACGACGAUGGCGAGCCCGAAGCUGUCUAUAACACUUUUAAGAAGCGCAGGGCAACGGCUCAAAAGCAAAAUCGCGAAAGCAUCAAGCGGGCAAGAACGACCGCAACAUCUAUGGUCGGACGAAAAGCGCGCAGAGCUCUGCCGGCAGUAAAAAGACUAGCCGAGGAUGACGAAGAUACGGCUCUUCUUGAAGUCGCCUUACCGGAGUACCUUCAGCAGCGUCGCAGAUCAUGGGCCGAGCUCCGGUCACGAGAUGGUCUCGACACACUGCUUGUGCCUCCUUAUUAUGAUGACAUUUACUUCUCCGAUGAUGAACAUCUUGCGGAUCUUCGAGAAAGACCAAAACUCGAUCUGGUCCCUCCCAAACCUUAUCAAGACAUCGAAUUGAAACUGUCGGCUGGCACCAUUCCUGCUCCUCUGGCACAGUACUUGAAACCGUAUCAAGUUCAAGGGGCCCAAUGGCUGCACAGGAAAUUCGUCUAUCAAGAAGGCGGCAUUCUUGGAGAUGAUAUGGGUCUCGGAAAGACCAUUCAGGUCAUCGCUUUUUUAACGGCCGCUUUUGGCAAGACGGGUGACGAAAGGGACAACAAGAGAAUGCGAAAGGUACGACGCAUGGCUGAUGACAGAUGGUAUCCUCGAAUCAUCAUAAUUUGUCCUGGGGGCCUCAUGCAGAAUUGGAAGAACGAGCUCGACCGCUGGGGCUGGUGGCACGUCGAUGUCAUGCACGGUGCCAACAAGCUUGAUAUCCUGGCUGCAGCUGAACAUGGCCGUCUCGAAAUCGUCAUCACAACAUAUCAGACAUAUCGACUGAAUGAAAGCGCGAUCAACGGCACUCGUUGGGACUGUGUGAUUGCUGACGAAUGUCACAUCAUCAAAGAGCGAGGAUCAGCCAUUACAAAAUCCAUGAAUAACAUUAAUGCUCUGUGUCGCCUAGGUUUGAGCGGCACCGCUAUCCAGAACAACUACGAAGAAUUAUGGACUUUGCUCAAUUGGGCGAAUCCUGGAGUCCUAGGACCAAUCAGCGUAUGGAAAGAGACGAUUUGCUUGCCGCUCAAGAUGGGCCAGAGUCAUGAUGCGACGGUCGCCCAGCUGUCCAAGGCACGACGGAUUGCGACAAAGCUUGUAGAUAACCUCCUCCCACGCUUUUUCCUUCGACGCAACAAGACACUUAUUGCCGACCAACUCCCGAAGAAGAGUGAUCGAGUUGUCUUUUGCCCGUUGACAGAGAUACAAACAGACGCAUACAAUAACUUUGUCGAUCAUCCUCUAGUUCAUGCGAUCCGUGACUCUGCUCAGCCAUGUGAUUGCCAGUCAGGACUGAAGCGCGGAAAUUGUUGCGGGAAAGUCGUGGAAGGAUACGGCAAAUGGCAAACCUGGGUCUUCCCUUGCCUAAUGACUAUUCAAAGGCUUGCGAAUCACGUCGCCCUGCUUGUCCCAUCUGCUGAGGCUGACCUCGACAAACAUGAAAAGGAUCUUGAACGGCUCAAGAUCGCAUUGCCGGAGACGUGGAAGGAAUUAUACGAGCAGCGUGACAGUCUCAUCAACUACGCAAACAUCAACUUCUGUGGCAAAUGGAUGGUGUUGAAGAAGCUGCUCCGACUAUGGUAUAGCAAUGGCGACAAAGUGCUCGUAUUCUCGCAUUCGGUCCGACUCUUACGCAUGCUGCAGAUGUUGUUCAAGUCCACGACUUCGUACAACGUGUCUUACCUAGACGGCUCUUUAUCAUACGAAGAGCGACAGAAAGCUGUUGACGAGUACAACUCCGACCCCGCCCAAUUCGUCUUCCUCAUCUCUACCAAAGCCGGUGGUGUAGGUCUGAACAUUACCAGCGCGAACAAAGUGGUCGUCGUGGAUCCGAACUGGAACCCCUCCUACGAUCUGCAAGCACAGGAUCGGGCAUAUCGUAUUGGGCAAACCCGCGACGUCGACGUCUUCCGCCUCGUGUCCGCCGGCACGGUCGAAGAGAUCGUAUACGCCAGACAGAUCUACAAGCAGCAACAAGCCAACAUCGGCUACACGGCGUCCGUGGAACGGCGAUACUUCAAAGGCGUGCAGGACCAGAAAAACAUGAAGGGCGAGAUCUUCGGGCUGGCCAACAUCUUCGCGCCGCAGAGCGAGAACGUCGUCCUCCGCGCAAUCGUCAACAACACCAACAUCGCCGAGACGCGCGCCGGCGUGGAGAUCCGCGGCCUCGACAUGGAAGCGAGUCAGGGAGACGACGACGACGACGACGCGGACAUCGACGGGAAUCCACUACUCGGCGACGACCGCCGCGCGGACGCCGCCAUGAGCCAACUCGCGGCCGAGAUUAUCGACGCGCCCGCCGGCCGCCGCACCGCCGCGCUGGCCGCCGCCGCCAAGAAGAAGAAAGACCCCGUCCAGGCCAUCCUCGCGUCGGCCAACGUCCAGUACACGCACGAAAACUCCGAGGUCAUCGGCACAUCCAAGAUCGAGACGCGCAUCUCCCGCCGCGCGCAGCGCACUGGGGACGAUGCCGCAUAUGUCGACCGCACGGCAUUCUUGAACAGCCAAUCCCAGCAGGCGCUGGUACCCACAGGGGUCAUGCCGGGCGCAUUGGGGGAGCCGAACGGCGCGGGAAAUACGCCUGGCAUGACGCCGCUCGAUGCGGACGGCAGAAUCAAAUACCGCUAUCGUCCCCCGGAGGAUGUCCGUUGCAGACAGUUCUGCACUAUGGCGGCUCGUUUGGGGUUCGAGGAUGAUGUUCCGGGCUUCGCGCUCGUCGUCGAGGGAAUGACGGCGCAGCAGCGAAGGGAUUUCCUGGACACGUUUUAUGCUGACAGAGAGGCUAUGUUGAAGGGCGAGUGAUGACGGGAAGUGUGUUCGAUGUGGUCUUUUACUUUGGGACGGCAUCGUGGCUCUGGAAUGAAUGAGACUCGACGGGAAGAAUGAUUUGAUAUGAUGCAUGAUAACGAUGAUGGUGGUGGUAAUGAUAAUGGUAAUGAAUAUAUGAAUCUACGAUUCUGCUUCGGCGAC